AUGUUUCGUGCAGCCCCACGGUUAAUUGCGCGUCCAGCGCUGCGGAUCGCGCCACUACGGUCAGCCGCGCCGGCCAGACGGUACCUCAGCACCGCUCCACCAUCACAAAAGUCGAGAAGUUUCAAGAGUCUGGUUGCGAGAGUCGGUAUUGCGGGAGCAAUAAUAUACUAUUACAAUACCACAGAUGUUUUCGCGGAAGAGCCAAGACAACUUGCUCAAGCCCUCCCAGAGACCGAAGUCGAAUCCGAACACCUCCCAACCAUCGAAUCUAUCUCCGAAGAGCGCAAGCGGAGACAAGCGGUACAGGCACAAUUAGACGCUCAAAAGCAGAAGGAGGUUGCGAAUGCACAACAGAAUGCUAAGCCUUCAGAGGAUGGCCAGGGCGGCAUAGAGGGGCUCGAAGAGGAGGCAGAUCAACAAGGCGCAUUCAACCCAGAGACAGGCGAGAUCAAUUGGGAUUGCCCAUGUUUGGGCGGUAUGGCUCAUGGGCCUUGUGGUGAGCAAUUCAAGGCAGCCUUCAGCUGCUUUGUGUACUCUACCGAAGAGCCCAAGGGCAUGGACUGCAUCGACAAGUUCAAGGACAUGCAAAACUGCUUCCGCGAAUACCCUGAAGUUUACGGUUCAGAGCUAGACUCUGAUGCCGACGAGGAAGAUGACAUGACAACCUCCACGGAAACACAACAACCCCGCUCUUCGCCUACUUCUGCCCCGCCAUCAGACACCUUCUCUUCCAACGCGCAGUCCGACUCCAGAUCACAACCUGCCGCCGACGAUCAUGCCGCCUCAGCCAAGGGCGAGUUUUCUAGUGAGCGUAGCUCGAAGCCUCACACCCCACACGAGAACAGCCUAGUCCCUGAGGAAUAUAAGCCAAAUGCCAAGCACAACCCAAUCUAUGACGCAAGGGGAGACAUGAGCAGCCUAGAUAGCGAAAAGGAGAAGGAGAAGAGCAAGCAAAAGCCAAAGGGUGACAGCGAUACCGAGAAGGCGAACAAGGCAAAGAACCAGGUCAAGAGCCAAGAACCUGUCAGUGAGAGUGAGAGCAUGGUACCCAAGGCUAGGCAUGACGAGAAUGCGAAGGGAACAGAAAAGUUAGAGAGGAAGUAG